GUUCGUUCACGAACUACCCAUCACUAGUUACUUGUAAACAGAAAUUUGUAAAUAGACCUAAAUGAUUUGAAAUAUUUUUUACAUGACUGAAAUUUUCUAAUGAAGAUUUAAUGUGAAAAUGGUUUCAUUAGUUCCUGAUUAUGGUGCUUCAAGUUUAGAAAGCAGUGAAGAAUCAGAAAAUGAAAAUAUAACUGUAUUAUCUUCUCAAAAACCUCUGGGUAGACUUCCUCCUCCAACAUUCAGUGAUAAAGUAAAAAAUUCGGUGUUUGUUAAUCCUUAUUUAGAAGCAGAAAAUGCUCAAAUUGCUGUUUUAGAAAAGCAUGUCAAAAUGACUGAGCUGCCUAAUAAAAAUGCAGUAAAAGUAAACAAAAUUUGUUGGAUGUUUAAGAAGGGAAAAUGUAGCUAUGGUAAAAAAUGUCGUUUUUCUCAUUCAAAUACAGCAUCUGAAAAUAAAAGUAAAGAAGUUGAAGAUGAAGCAGAGUCUCAUUUAUCUGGUGACGAAUGCAUACAAACUGAAGAUUCGGACGAAGAAUUAAAAAAGAAAAGGAAAAAGAGACCUGGUCUAACUCGGGGGUUGAUUCCUAGUAAAAAAGUGCUCAAACUAUAUAAGAAACAUAAAAAGCAAGAUGAAGAAGAAAAAAUUAGAUACCUUGCUUUGAUCAAGUCUGAAAGUGAUACAAUGAAUUCAACUUGAGGAUUUUAUCUGUUUUCAAUGAGCCAAUCUUUAAAUUUAUUUAUUUUAAUGCCCUAUGAAUUAUUUUUAAAAACAAUAUGAAGUAAAAUAAUUUUAAGUUGUCUCAGUACAGCAGGUGAUAUCAUAGGGUAACCCUUUUAUAUAACUAAAAAGUUGUACCAUAUACUAUGAAUAGUUAAUAUUUUGUAUUUCACCUACCAGCGAAAUCUUUUAUAUUGUUGUAUUAUAGUGUUUAUAUAUAUAUAUAUAUAUAAAUUGUUAGACUGUGCAUGUGUAUGUUUGUUUGUAAAACUGAUUUAUAAUAUAUUAUAUUUUUCUUUUUCUUACCAUAUUGCACUUCUGACUUAAAACUAAAUAUUGCAAAAUUUUAUUGAAAACUAAUUAUUUUGUUAUUAAAGUAAUUUAUAGAGA